UGAUUGGAAUGCACUUGGCCCACCUUAUGGACGCCCAGGUGUUAGAAAUGUAUGGGGGUCUGAAUCGUUUAAUGGUCCCCCUCAAGAAAUAAAUGGAGGUUCAUCUUUGUUCAAUCAUCAACAAAAUAAUCCAAAUUCAUUUUUACCUCCCCGACCAGCAGCAUCGCAAAAUGAUACAAAUUUUGUUCAAAAUCAGGCUCAAAAUAACUUAAAACACAUGUAUCCACAGAAUCCUUACGCACAACCCGUUAGUGAAGCCAAUCAUAUAGUGGCUUCUUCCGUGUCAUCAGGUGACGGUAAUUCAAAUAAGUCUUCAUCGACCCGCGAAGGUACUACUUCUCUUAUUUCUCCUCAUUCUGGGUUUGAUGGUGAUAAUUCUAUUUGGACUAAUAAACUUCAUCGGGGAAUUAUGCCAGGAAACGAAGGAAUUAAUGAAAAUAAAAUGAAUGAUCGCCAGUCAGAACAGAAAAGAACAAACAGAACUUCGUUUAAUCCUCAAUCUCAACAGCGUGACGUUCCGUUAUUUAAUUCUGUCUGGAACAAUCCCCCUGAUUCCCAAGUUUUUAAUCAAUCGCAGACAUCGAAUGAGUUUUCAGUUCAGAAUGUGCCAGGAAUGCCAAUAAUACCUCCCCACAUGUAUCCAGGAAUGAUACCUUCUCCAAUGUCAGGACAGCCAUCGGGGCCACGUCGUAACAAUAAUGGUAAUCAAAUAUUUCCGGGACCGAUUCCUCAAGAAUACGUGAAUAUGCAGCGCAUGGUGCCACCACCUAUUAUGGGAUUUGCACCUCAACCAACACAACCAAAUAUGACAACAACAGCCCCUUAUAAUAAAGCUCCCGUUGCAUCAUUGCCAGCUAACAACGCAAUUCAAGUAUCACCUGUUCCGCCUACAUUUGUAUCAUCACUACCCCCAAGACCUACUCAGCCAGCUAUGUCAUCCAAGGUUGUUUCACCAUCAGGUAAUAAUAAUUCUUCUUCAAUGCCGUGGUCUGGAGGAUCAACGACAAGAACAAAGGUAACGACAUUGCCACCAAACCAUAAUAAUUCUAAUAAUCGCCGUAAGAAUACGAACGAUAACAAUAACAAUAAUGCUAGCAAUAAUUCUGUUGUGGAUGGUACUAUGAUGCGUUCUCUAAGCCUUUCGUCGAACAGUUCUCAGCAAAGCAGAAAUCAUCAUAACAAUCAUAACAAUCAUAACAAUCAUCACCACCAUCACAAUCGAGCAUCGUCCACAUCACCAUCGGGUAACAAUAAUAAUAGCAAUAAAAAGAAUAAUAAAGAUGGUUCACUUCUAUUUGACUAUUCUAUGCAAGUACCGUAUGAAGGUGUUAAACCAAGCGAAGCCAAUGAACCACAAAAACCAAAUCACAUACUUGAACUUUACGAUUUUGCUGAAUCUGAUGAUCUUAUGGACAUUGUAUUAUUGAAUGCGACCAUCAAGCGUGUUAGUCCUUCGAAUAAUUCACCGAACAAAAAGCCAACUAUUCUUGCAAUUUUCAGGAAUGCGCGCGAAGCGAGCAAGGCGGUUCAAUCUUUCAGGGGGGUUCGAUUUAAAAUUAAAACAUGGGAACCAUUGGUGAAAACAAGCAAUGGGAGUCCUCCAACAUCAAGUGGACAAGCUCCCGCUUCGACAAUAAAUUUAUCACCAACAUCAAAUACAUCAACAAAUAACAAAACGAACAUUGAAGGUAACUAUGAAAAACAUCAUCAACAAUCGUUGAUGAAUGUUUCUCACGGAGUUACGUUAAGUGGGAGACAGCAAUAAUUCAUUUUCUACUCAUUCAAACCAUAAAAAAAUAAUAAUUUUUAAAUCAUUUCAAUCAUUUAUUCUACGGAAAGAAAACAACUAACUAAUUAGGAUCCUAUUACGGCGUUUUGGGAAUGCUAUUUUUUCAGUAAAUAUUCUCUUUAUUGUUUUAAAAAUUCAUUUUUUCAAUAGUUGUAAAUAUUAUGUAGUUUUGUAUCUAGCAAUAAGAUUUUUUUAGAGGAAGAAUUGAAAUGAUUUAUUUUGUGUUAUUAUUAAAAAAAAUACAGGUAUUAUCAAAAAAUAAAUUCAUGUACAGAAGGCAUAUCAGAUUAUUAGAUAUGAAGUGACAUUCUUCAUGAUCGAUUAAUAUUGGUUUUACUUGUAUUUUUCUUUUUUUUUUCUUUGUACCUCUAUACAAAAAAUUUGACUAAUAGGCAUAUAUUAUCAUUAUCAUUAAGUUAAUUAUUUUAUCGUCUAUU